AUGGCCAACGACCCGGAUACGGUCGCCGGAGAUGGAAGCGACUCGGAUGUAGAUGAUGUUUUGACGCCGGAGAUGAUCUCCAAGGUCGACGAUGUUCGCUUCAACGCCCCGCUCAACCAGAUCCAGUACCGCGUCAUAUGGCAGUGUGACGGCGAUGAGCGGAAGUCGUGGAAGGACUACGAGAAGCUGCUAAAAUUUGGAAAGCGAGACGCCAUAUUCGGCGACCUGCUCGACCAGUUCCGCGAGGAGCACGCCGAGAAGGUGACUUUCCACGAGGAGGCCGCCAAGGAAUUUGCCCACACGGGCAUAUACAACGGCUACGAGUACAAGCCCUCCGCCGACGAGCUGCUCGAUUCGUUCUGCGGCCAAGCGGUUGAAGACCUGAGGGGCGAGACGGCGACACUGUACGACCCCUCGCACAAGCUGACCGCCACGGAGAAGGUACUCACCCAAAUCAACACCUCCGCGGUGGGCGGCCGAAUGACGAGAAGCCGACUUCGCGAUCUGCACGAUGGGAGCGGCGACAGUGGCCCGAACAGUCGAUCAAAUACGCCCACCUUCGCCACAAAGCCGGCUCGCGGACGUAGGAAGGCACCAGCGAGACAACCACCGGCUCGUCGUGGCCGUAAGCCAACGGCGCCCGCGGUGGAGCAUGAACUCCCCAAACAGGAAAUGGAUACUGAGGAGGAUUCCGGCAACCGGAAUGGCCUCACGGUCAAGUACGAGGUGCCGGACGACGAUUCCGUGGAGACGGCUCUGAUGGAUGAAUCGGUGCCCGGUUCAUCGACCGUAGAAGAGCCAGUAGAAGAGGAACCGGAACCAGUGGCUCCGGUGAAGAAGCCACCCGGCAGGGCACCGCGCAAGACGCCGGCCAAGAAGGCGGUCCUGAUCGACGACGAUUCUGAUGACGAUGAGGAGGUGGUCAUUUCGAGGCCCAAGACGUCGCGCGCCAGAAAGCGCAAUGCUGACCCACCAUCGACCCCAAAACAGGAGCCAGAAGCGGAAGCGGUGGCACCCGCAGCAGAGCCGGAAAAGUCGCUGGAGAAACCGAAGCGCGAGCUGAAGGGCCGGAUGAUGACCACCUACUUCACGCCCGAGCAGCUCGCCGCCGCCGCGAAGCCGAUGAACGAGAUACUUUCGAUGGCCUUGAAACAGAGGCGGAACGUGCGCAUGGAAGCCGUUGACCAGUUUGCCAUCGAGGCGCGACACGGCGUCAGUCAUCGCCAGAUCUUCACCGACGCCAUCCUGCGCGGUGACCUGAAGAAGGCAAAGACGGUGAUCGCCUACCACAAGGAAAACCCGACGGGCAGCGACCUCGCCGUCGCCUACGUCGAUUCGAAGGGCCAGAACCUGCUGCAUAGGCUAUGCCAAAUCUCGUGCAAUCAGCCGGACAUCAAGCGCAGCACCUACCAACACGCCCUAUGCGACGCCGCCGAAUACUUAUUUCUCCUUGGAGUUGAUCCGCGCGUCGUGGACAAGCUCGGCAAGACGCCGCUGUACUACGCCAUCUCAAGGAAUCUAAAAUGCCGUGUGCGCCGCCUUCUUGCCUUCAACGCGCCGGUGAAUCUGUUGACGCCCUUCAAGGAUUCGUUUUUAUAUAAUGCCUACGCGAUGAACGACGCUCAGCUGUUCCGCCUGCUGCUCGAGCACGGCGCCGGCUUCCAUUUGCUGGAGGAGACGGCGGCCAACAACCGCCUCACCGUCAGGCCGCAGAUUAAGGAGGCGUUCAACCGGCACAAGACGAUGAUCGAGGCGCAGUUCCGGGACGCCAGGAAGCGGGUUUACAUCGCCUGCGAGGAGCUGGAGGCCAUCUCGCCGGUGUUCGUCGCCAACUUCUACGAGGGCCCCGCCUACAACUUCAUCUUCAACUACGACCCCAAGCAGUUCGUCAGCCCGAGCUGCUUCUUCGCGCUGUCGGUGGCCACCGCCAUCGUCGAGGAGAAGGGACGGUGGCGCCUGCUGAUGUGGGGCGCAUCGCCGUUGGCCGGCGAGCCGUUGCUGAACCGCGAGCCCUGCCCAUCCAUACAGUACCUCCAACAAUACGCCGGCUGGUCGCAGUCGCAAAACCAAAAUCACCGCUCCGCCUGCUUCAUAGCGACGCCGAAGCCCGGAGAGAACGUUAUCGACCUGAGACUGGACCCGGCAAUGUGCCCGGCGCCGGUCGGCCAGAGCAGUACCUGCCAGGAGACGAGCAACAUGAAGAUUCUUGUUCAGAUCUGCCUUCUCAAGCAGCAGUUGCGCCCAACGCCCGGUGGGCCCCCGCCACAACAACAACAGAUGUACGAGCAUCGCGGCACCGGCCUGUUGCCCGACCCGCGCGGCCCACCAUCGAUGCACCACCACCAUCAGCCGUCUCCUCAGAUGAACCACGGCCCGCGGCCCGACCACUACAAUCGCCCGCCACGGCCGCUGCAGCACUUCCAAAAUCACCCACCGCCGCCCGGCCACCCGAUGCGCGGCGGCUCGCACGCGCCGCACCCGUCGCACUCGGCCCGCCAGCCGAACCGAGGCGCACCGCAUGAUCGACCCCGCGGCGGCGGCCCGCCGAAUAGGAAUAUUUAC